GUCUCCGGGGCCGCGGAGCCAUGGGGCUCCAUGGGCCCAGGCCUUUGCUGCUGCUGGCACUCUUGGGGUUCGCUCUUUGUCAGGGGCGUGUGGUGAGAGUGCCCAGGGGCAGCCUUGUACGGGUCGUGGGCACGGAGCUGGUCAUCCCCUGUAACGUCAGUGACUAUGAUGGCCCCAGCGAGCAGAACUUCGACUGGAGCUUCUCCCCUUCGGACAGCAGCUACGUGGAGCUGGCCAGCACUUGGGAGGUGGGCUUCCCGGCCCUGCAGUACCAGGAGCGGCUGCAGCGGGGGGAGAUCGUGCUGAGGAGAACGGCCAACGAUGCUGUGGAGCUGCACAUCCAGAAUGUCCAGCCCACGGACCAGGGCUUCUACAAGUGCUCCACGCCUAGCACUGAUGCCACGGUACAGGGCAAUUAUGAAGACACCGUGCAGGUGCAAGUGCUGGCCGACGCUCUACAUCUGGGUGCAGUCCCCCAGCCUCCCCCAAACCUGAGCCUUCGAGAGGGUGAACCCUUCGAACUUCACUGUAUCGCCUCCACCAGCUCUCCCUUGCACACACAUGUGGCAUUGCUAUGGGAGGUACAGCGUGGCCCAGCCCGCCGUAGCGUGUUGACACUCACACAUGAAGGCCGGUUCCGCCCAGGCCCAGGCUAUGAGCAGCGAUAUCGCACCGGGGACAUACGCCUGGACACGGAGGGCCACGACGGGUACCGCCUCUCUGUGGCACGGGCAUUGUCCGCUGACCAGGGCACCUACCGUUGUGUGGUUAGCGAGUGGAUCAGUGAGCAGGGUGCCUGGCAAGAAAUUCAAGAAAAAGCUGUGGAAGUGGCUACCGUGGCCAUCCAGCCUACAGCUCUUCGAGUGACCGUGGCCAGGAAUGUGUCUGCGGCUGAAGGCAAGGAACUGGACCUCACCUGUAACAUCACCACGGAUCGAAAGGAUGAUGUGCGCCCCGAAGUGACGUGGUACUUCAGUAGGACUCCUGACACCUCUUUGCCAGGACCCCAUGUGCUUGCAAGGCUAGACCGGGAGUCUCUGGUUCACAGUUCAUCUCAUGUUGCCGUGAGCCAUGUGGACACACGCUCCUACCACUUACUGGUUCGAGACGUUAGCAGAGAGAACUCUGGCUACUAUUUCUGCCACGUGGCACUCUGGGCCCCUGGGCACAACAAGAGCUGGCACAAGGUGGCAGAGUCCAUGUCCCUGCCGACCAGGGUGGAGGUGACCUGGAGAGAGCCAGACUACCAGGUUUACCUGAACGCAACCAAAGUGGCUGAGUUUUCUGAUGACCUUACCGAGCUGGAUUGCCGGGUGGACAGCAGGGCCACUGAGACAGAUGUGCGCUUCACCGUGGCCUGGUACUACCGACUAACCCGGCGCAGUGACGAUGUAGUGGCCAGCGAGCUGCUGGCUGUCAUGAACGGGGACUGGACCCUCAAGUACGGCGAACGGAGCCGACAGCGGGCCCGUGAUGGCGACUUCAUCUUCUCCAGGGAGCAGAGUGACACGUUCACCUUCAGGAUUCAAAGCACUACAGAGGAAGACCGAGGCACCUACUACUGUGUCGUGUCGGCCUGGACUAGACAACGCAACAACAGUUGGGUCAAGAGCAAAGAUGUCUUCUCUCGGCCUGUCAGUGUUUUCUGGGCCUCACAGGAUUCGAUGUUGGUGGUGAAGGCCAGGCAGCUCAAGCCUUUCUUCGCAGUGGGCAAUACCUUUGAGAUGACUUGUAAAGUGUCUUCCAAGAAUAUUAAGUCUCCGCGCUACUCUGUCCUCAUCACCGCCGAGAAGCCUGUGGGAGACUUUGCCAGUCCCAAUGAAACCAAGUACAUCAUCUCCUUGGACCUGGAUUCAGUGGUGAAGCUGGAGAACUGGACCGAUGAAUCUCGUGUGGAUGGCGUGGUAUUAGAGAAAGUUCAGGAAGACGAGUUCCGUUAUCGAAUGUACCAGACUCAGGUCUCGGAUGCAGGGCUGUAUCGAUGCCUGGUGACUGCCUGGUCUCCCAUCAAGGGUAGCCUGUGGCGAGAAGCAGCCACCAGUCUCUCCAAUCCUAUAGAGAUCGACUUCCCAACCUCAGGUCCUACUUUCAAUGCCUCUGUGCAUUCUGACACGCCAUCGGUCGUCCGGGGAGAGUUGAUCAAAUUAUUUUGCAUCAUAACCAUGGAGGGAGCAGCUGUAGAUCCAGAUGACAUGGCCUUCGACGUGUCCUGGUUUGCCAUCCACUCCUUCGGCUUGGACAAGGCUCCCGUGCUCUUGUCUUCUCUGGAUCAGAGGGGCAUCGUGACCAUGGCCAGGAGGGACUGGAAGAGCGACCUCAGCCUUGAGCGUCUGAGCAUGUUGGAGUUUUUGCUGCGAGUCCACGGCUCCGAGGACCAGGACUUCGGCAACUAUUACUGCACAGUGACGCCGUGGGUGAAGUCAGCCACCGGCUCCUGGCAGAAGAAGGCAGAGAUCCAGUCCAAACCUGUGUUCAUCACGGUGAAGAUGGAUGUGCUCAACGCCUUCAAGUACCCACUGCUGAUCGGUGUGGGCCUCUCCACUCUCAUCGGACUCCUGUCUUGUCUCAUCGGUUAUUGCAGCUCCCACUGGUGUUGCAAAAAGGAAGUUCAGGACACCCGACGUGAGCGUCGUCGCCUCAUGUCCAUGGAGAUGGAUUAGGACGGUGCUGGGGGGGGGGGGGGGCGAGAAGGGGACCAUGAUGUCCAAACGAGCCAGCCCUCUCUAAUCUCAGGUGGGAAGGGACGCUCCUUCUGCACACCAGGCUCGGGGCUCGAACCCAGCACCCAACCUUCCUCCCAGGACACUGCACUUUCUGCUCCAGCCAGCCAGUAUGUGUGUUGUCCCCGAAGACAACGGUGACUUUCUACAUGCUUAACCCUUUGUCUAAUUUUUUUUUCCUACUGGUUUGGGAGCUCCUCUGACUUGUCUGUGUGUCUCCCUUGGGUUGGGAGGGGUGGCAGUGAGGAAGUGGGGAUGCCCUUCAGAGUUCUGGGUCUUGGGGGGAGCAAAUGGGGACCCUCAGAGGAGACAUGGAGCUGGUGGGCUAGAGGACCAGCUAUUAUGCAGGUGAGGUCGACCCCCCCCA